UGCCAUUUUAUUCCGCCCCCUUUUCAUCCCCCCUCCCAUUCAAAGUUGUUUAGAUCGGCCCAUCCUUCUGGGGAGGAAAAGAGAUCACUUCAAAGCUAUUUGUGACUUCAACUGAAGCUAUAGCAGUUCCAACUUAUUGCACUCUAUGGUGUCUUUGAACUGCAGACCUCUUUGAAGAGGGCUGCAUAGUGAAAAUUUUGUCGGAAAAUCAUGCCGAGGCCGAGUCGCAACACUUACGACCAUCAGAAACCGCCAUAUUCUUACAUCUCACUAACUUUUAUGGCAAUAAACAGUUCUGCCGAGAAAAUGCUGACGCUCAGUGACAUUUAUAAAUUUAUAAUGGACAGAUUUCCAUAUUACCAGAAAAAUACCCAAAGGUGGCAGAACAGCCUGAGACAUAAUCUGUCUUUCAAUGACUGUUUCAUUAAGAUUCCUCGGAGGCCAGAUCGCCCUGGUAAAGGAAGCUAUUGGGCUCUUCAUCCAGCUUGUGGUGAUAUGUUCGAGAAUGGUAGUUAUUUGAGAAGAAGGAAAAGAUUCAAGUUGAGCAAACAAGCCAAAGAUGCCACAGCAGCAGCCCUUGCAGAUCUGAAACAUUAUGAAACUGUUGGACAAGCUGCUGUGCAACAGCAAGCCAAGCUCAGACUGACAGCCCUGGCAGCAGCCCCAAGCCACUUGCAACCUCUAGGCGAGACCCUGCUGUCAUCAACUAUGCCGACAACGUACAAGCAGCCUUUCACGAUAGAAAACCUCAUCGGCCCUGAUCUCAAGAAUGGGGGUUUAGUUGGUGGACAUCCAGCUCUAACAGGGCAACAACCAAUGGUUCCUCAACCCAUGCUGUCCCGGUCACUGGCGACUUUUCCUCAAAUUAGUAUGGCUUCGUGGCAUCCCACCUACACUUCAGCUGCAAUGACUUUCAACCCGGCGAUGACAGGCGUGGAGUUUCCGCAUCUGUUUCCCGGUGCUAAACCACCUCACACGGCCACGAGUAUUUUCAGUCUACCUUUACACCACACUCUGCACAGGGGACUCGGACAGGUGCCUUUCACCGCUGCUAUACCAUCUCUAGGACAAUACAAGCCGACAUUCAUACCUUCUGCUUUUCCAAAUCUGCCUGACCAUGCUCUACUAGGACCUGCCUGCAUCAAUGCCGGCAUCUCCCCGCCGCUCAGAGUAGACUCAGUGUCCAGCGAUAUUUCAACUAAGUCACUAGAUGUCGUAUCUGACGACUCGUCGAAGUGACACUAAAAAAAGCUGUAAGUUUUCAAUGAUUUUCAACCUAUUUCUUGUGAAUUAACUGGGCAUUAGAGUGUUAUCUAAUGUGUGUAUAGUUUCUUAAAGGUUAUGCUUUUCAUUUUAACUCGCUGCCCGCCCUUUUUAUCUAUGUUUCUUUAAUAGGGUGCGAAUAUAUGUGUUUAUUUAUAUUCUUUUGAGUUCAGACUUAAAAUAAAGGUAAUCUUUGUUGGUGUAAUCAGUUAGAUACAUUAAAUAA